AUGGACUUGGACGCAGCAACGUGGCUCCAGAUUUGUCCCUUGCUGACGGCGAUUCCUGUUUCAGUGUGUUCCCUCCCACCACAGGGCUUUCCGCUCUCAUUCGUCCGCGCCCGUUUUCUGUGUGCAGCCAAUCGCACACGCAACACCGACUUUUCCAGCCCAGACGGUGGCGAACUGCUCUCAGCCGUUCAGCGAGACAGGAUCACCCGACGACUAUAA